UUGUCAUCGAGCACAUCAGAUCCAUUCUUCCCCCCCCACCACCACCACCAUAGACUCCUUCCAAUUUGCGUCCCAAGCCAAACGGUCCUCAGAGGAUACCAUCUGCUCUGCCCUCCACUCGGCCCUCACCCACCUGGAGACAAGGGACUCGUAUGUGAGAUUGCUGUUUGUGGACUUCAGUUCUGCCUUCAACACCAUUGUGCCACAACGACUCAUCUGCAAACUCGCCAAGCUGGGCCUCACUACCUACCUCUGCAACUGGCUACUGGACUUCCUCUGUCAGAGGCCUCAGGUGGUACGUGUUGGCGACAAAAUCGCCGCCAGCAUCACGCUGCGCACCGGGGCCCCCCAAGGCUGUGUGCUCAGUCCGCUGCUCUUCACCCUGCUGACGCAUGACUGCACUGCAGCUUCCAGUAGCAACCGCGUGCUGAAAUAUGCCGACGACACGACUCUGGUGGGUCUCAUCACCGGGGGCGACGAGACUCAGUACAGGUCGGAGGUCGACCUUCUGCCCACGUGGUGCAGGAACAACAACCUCCUGCUGAACCUCAACAAGACCAAGGAGAUUGUUGUUGACUUCCGGAAGGGUCACACCCAACACCUGCCACUGACCAUGGACGGUGCUGUGGUGGAGAGAGUGAGCAGCACCAGAUUCCUGGGGGUGCACAUCAGUGAGGACCUCUCCUGGCCCACCAACACUGCAUCACUGGCGAAGAAAGCUCAGUGCCGCCUGUACUUCCUGCGGAAACUCAGGCGAGCAAGUGCUCCCCCGGCCGUCAUGACUACAUUCUACCGUGGCACCAUUGAGAGCGUCCUCUCCAGUUGUAUCGCUGUCUGGGGUGGUAGCUGCACUGAAUACAACAUGAAGGCCCUGCAGCGCGUAGUGAACACGGCUGGUAAGAUUAUUGGUGCUUCACUCCCCUCCCUGAAGGACAUUUACACCUCCCAUCUCACCCGCAAGGCGACCACGAUUGUGAGUGAUCCUAUGACCAAGAGAUGGCCUCCCUGUUGCUGCUGUUACAUCUCCUUCCGCCACCACCAGGGGGAUCAAAAUGUCCAAAAAUCAGCGCCUCUGACGCAGUUGAGAGACUUGUCAUCUUUCAUAAGUUUGGAAGAACAUCUUCAGAAUCAGCAGAGCCAGCAGCCGUACCUCCUGGCUGUUGGCCGCCAGAAGAGGAAGAUUGACAACUUCUAUGUCUUCAUGGACAAGCGUCUCAUCCCCUGCCAGGCCAACCGCUCCCUUGGGGCAUUUGAUGAGCUUUUUAAAGCUCAUUUUGUGUUCAAUGUGUCUUAUGAUGGUGCGCUUGUGAAUUUUUAUACCUUUCUGCAGACAACAGUGUAUAACAUUGAUAUGGGGAAAAAUGGAGUCACCAAGCCUUCGAGACUUGAGAGCCAAACUCCUUAACCAAGAAAUGCCUGCGCUUAAUUCAUUGCAAUAUUUCCAUGUUUGCCAUAACUACUCGUUUGACAUAAUGCACGAUCUUCUUGAAUGUGUGGCUCAGUAUGAGAUCAAAUUGCUUUUUGAGUAUCUCACCAGCCACUUCAUAUCAGAACAGAACUUGCUUUCAAGGAUUUAUGGUUUUGAUUAAGGAUUUUUAGAAGGAAGGAACCGCCCGACGAAAAUCAUAUUGGAUAGUGCUGGCAAUGGCUUGAACUUUAUCCAGACAUUCUAUCUCGUCCCACAUCCCACUUUUGUUUGGUGACAUUAUUCCUGCAGAGAACAGACACUGGGAUGUGUUACUGUUGUUACUUCAAAUUAUGAACAUAGUUUUUUCACCUUCUCUCACUCUGGCUAUGACUGUAUAUUUAAAGAAUUUGAUUGUUGACCACCACAAACUAUUUAAGUGCUUGUAUCCACACAGAAACCUGAUACCUAAGCAUCAUUUUAUGGUUCAUUAUCCCUCUUCUAUUAGGAAAAUUGGCCCUUUGUUGUAUGUCUGGAGUAUGAGAUUCGAGACAAAGCACAAGUUGUGUAAAGAUUAUUUAAAAAUUUCAAAAACAUAACCAAAUCACUCGCCAAAAGGCAUCAAAUGCCCAUUGCUUAUCACUGGGAAACCUUCACCCUUAAACAGAAGGAAUAUGGGCCAAUACAAUUAUUGCGCUGGUCGCUGUAGUGGUCGGAUCAUUCUGUCAUGAUUAGGAGUGGAAAUGGCGCAGGUUUUCUGGUUGAAAAUGACAUUUCUUUAUUGACACACAAGCUAUUUACAGAGAACUUUGAUGAACACCACCACUCCUUCAAAGUAUUACCAACUGAAGAAAGGUGUGUCAUAAAAAUAACUGAACUUAAAUGUCACAAACCAUUUGAUAUUCAAAGCUCAUAUGGGGCUGCAGAUGAAAGUUUGUACAUUAUACCUUCGUUUAUUAUGUUUUGAUUAGUCAAUCAUGGGAAAAAAGAUUGUUAAAAUAAAUGCUGUUUUUGAAAA